ACAAAUCCAACAUCAUUCGCAGCCACCAGAAAACAUUUGAAAACUUCGUACAUUUGCGGCAGUCACUCUCCAAUGGAUAUUUUCCGCCAAUACUCAGACCCCAAUCCAUUUCGGCUGGACCUAGUUUUAAACGACAAGCCAGAGACUUCCUCGUUGUCUGAUGCCGGCACCUUCGAGCGCCGAAGCCGUCACUCAGACGAAGAGGUUAGAGUACUAGCUUCGAGCACGCCCAAGAAGCGUGCGGGAAGAAGGAUAUUCAACGAGACGCGACACCCAGUGUAUCGCGGAGUCAGGAGGAGGAACAAGAACAAAUGGGUCUGCGAAGUGCGCGAACCCAACAAGACCUCGAGGAUAUGGCUCGGGACGUACCCUACCGCGGAGAUGGCAGCGCGGGCACACGACGUGGCCGCUUUGGCGCUCAGGGGAAGGUCGGCGUGUCUCAACUUCGCCGACUCGGAGUGGCGGUUGCCUAUGCCGAGUUCAACGGACGCGAAUGACAUAAGGAGGGCAGCGAAGGAGGCAGCAGAGUUGUUUCCACCGAGAGAUCAUGAGUUUGGAGGGGAUUGCGGCGAAGAAGCCGGGAAAGUGCUCGUGAAGGAUUGUAAAGAGAUUUACGGGAGUGUUCAUGAUCACAGGGUGGAGGCCGAGGAGGAGAAGGCUGUGCAGGAAAAUGCGAUUUACUUGGACGAGGAGGCCCUGUUCGACACGCGAGGCUUUCUAGUGAAUAUGGCCGAAGGGCUUCUACUAUCUCCACCUCCUUGUCAAGACGAAAAAUUGCAAUGGGAUGACAUGGGAAGUGAGGCUGAGUUUUCGUUGUGGAGUUUCUCGACCUGAUAAUUAAGCUUGUACAGCUUUCAGUUGUAGCAAAAAUGGCGGAAAAAAAAAA